AUGUCCAGGAUCAUUGCCAAAUAUUACUAUUUGGACCUUUUAUCCAAUUUACUCAAACCGCUACCAGUCAACCCACUACCACUGAAACCACUCAUACCAGCACCCCUUUCAUCACAACCAGUGUGUUGGACCCAAUGGUUUGACCGAGAUGAUCCAUCUGGAACUGGAGACUGGGAGACACUUUCCAGUCUCCGAAAAGAAAAUCCUGGAAAGAUCUGCCCAAACCCAACUGAUAUUGAGGUCCAGACUUUGUCUGGGCAGAGUCUGGCUGCAGCAGGCGAAGUGAUUUACAAAGCAGACACAACCACUGGUUUCAUCUGCAGAAAUGAAGACCAAAAAGACAAAUAUUGUAAGGACUACCGUGUUCGUUUCAGCUGCCCUCCCUCAUACUGUGGUUUCGGAGUGUGUUGGACCCCAUGGUUUGACCGAGAUGAUCCAUCUGCAACUGGAGACUGGGAAGUACUUGACAAUCUCCGAAAUGAAAAUCCUGGAAAGAUCUGCCCAAACCCAACCGAUAUUGAGGUCCAGACUGUGACUGGGCAGAGUCUGAAUUCAACAGGCGAAGUCAUUUUCAAAGCAGACACAACCUCUGGUUUCAUCUGCAGAAAUGAGGACCAAACAGACAAACAGUGUACGGACUACCGUGUUCGUUUCAGCUGCCCUCCCUCAUACUGUGGUUUCGGAGGUAAAAUAUACUCGUGCUGGACCCAAUGGUUUGACCGGGACAAUCCCAGCUGGACUGGAGACUGGGAGACUCUGGGUUCGCUGAGGAAUGAACACCCAAACAAAAUUUGCGAGACUCCUAUGUACAUCGAAGCUGUUGUCGUUGGAACAAACAUCCCGGCCAGCCUUUCAGGGGAGGUCUUCCAUUUCUUCAAUCCAACUGUGGGACUUGUUUGCCGCAACUCAGACCAGGAGGAUAAGAGUUGUCUUGACUACAAAGUUCGCUUCGGAUGCUGCUGCGAUUGAGUUCUGGCUCAACAAGAACAGCACCAAGAAAUGAGAGAGGAAGACAUCUCAAUUCUUUUCACUUCACUUUAA